AUUGCCCUAUUUUAGCCGAGUGAAUUUUUCAAACUCUUUAUACAGUCACUCCCGUGCACCACUCCUCAUACGCACCUCAUCGUCGAUUCUCCUGCUCGAUGGCAGUCAACAAAGUCGCUCUUCCUCCGUCAUCACAGUCGCUUGUGUCGAUUUUUCGACCAAGCAUCAGCGGCGCUUCGAGAAGUACUUGGGCCUCCAUUGUUAGCACCACCAUCACCAUUUUUCUGCUACAACCAGUUCGCCUAUAUUCAAACAACCCCGACAUCAGAAUGGCUCCUGCGAAAAAGAUGCGCCAUAUUCCUUUACCAAAGAGAGCAUUAAUUGAACCAUACUCAUCCCCGACCAAUACACGUACACCUGCUCUUGAAGGUGUUGCAGCAGAUGGAUCUCAGUCUAUUGCAUCAUCUCCGUCUGAAAGUAAUGCAUUGUCAAGAUCUAAGACUGUUACACCAUCUCCAUCUAAAACUAACGCACGAGCUAAUCCAUUUAUGCAAUAUCGAUGGACUGUUGCUAAUCCAGCGACAAAAUGGGCUGUUGUACAAGCUGUCCGGGAUAAAUUUGAGAUUGGGGAGAAUUACGAGGAGAAUUCACUAUCCCAUCAAGUUGUGGAAAAGAAGUGUUACGUGUUACAUAAAGAUUGUAAGCGUCGCUACGACACCGGCAAACUUAAUAGGAGCAAACUAUCCUACAAUCACACUAGUGGGUCGCGAUCUUUUCCGGCGGCGAUGAGCAUUAUGGUGAAGGAAAACGAUGGCUUGUUGCCAGAUAUUUGCGAUUUCUACAAGGACACUCAUCAGCACAAGAAGACAAAAGAAUGGAUUAAUCCUAUAUGUGUGUCACAAUUACAAGAGCAAAUGACGAUGGUACGGGAUGAGUCUAUCGAGUCUGGAACGCCCAUGACAGAAGAGGAUAUAUCAAGAGUGGUUCUUGGGAAGAAUAAGGGAUACUUGAGAGGUUUUGGGGUCAGACCAAAGCCCUCGUCCUGUGAUUCUGGGUUGAAUGCGGCAUCACAAGCACACGAGGAGCACUUGAAAGGCUUACAUCCGAGUUGGAGAUACUGCAUAUAGAGCAGCAGAGUGACCGUGAGGAGCAUCAAAAAAAGGAAGAGGAGCAACAAAUAAAAUAUGCAGAGAAUGCAAGACAACGUCAGGAGAUGCAGAGGUAGAUUUUUGAACUUCAAGGCAUGUUGGCGCAAGUUUUGGAAAUGCUUAAUCCACCAAAGUCCCUACCAUAGCUACUCAUGGUAAUGAGUAAGUGUGCUAAACCAGAUUGCAUUAUAUUUAUGUUCAAAGUGAAGGCAAAUAAACGUGUUCUGGGAAUACUAGAGAACAAAUUGUGACGCAAAAAUGGGAAAAUAGCCCAUUCGAGGGAAAAAUUGGAAAUAGCACCGAAACAGCCUCAACAUUGUAAUGGUCACGUCAAUGUACAUUAAAAAAAAGGUGUGAGAGGAAUCGGCACAUCAAUUGGACACAUGGUUAAAGAGUUAGACAAAAAAAUAUGAGGAAAAAGGCGAAAAUGGGUCAUUUAGGGGCAACAUAAACAAAAAAACCCCCAAACAUCCUGGAGAUCAUCACGGUUAGCUCCAACUAGAUUAAAGAAACUUGUGAGAGCAAGUGGUGUGUCGAUAGGAUGCACGGUUGGAAAUGUAGACCAAAAAAUGUGAUAAAAAAGCAAAACUGGCCAUUUAGGGGCAACUUAAACAAAAAAAAAACCCCCAAACAUCCCACAAAUCAUCGUAAUCACCUCCGCCUAGAUUAAAGAAACUUGUGAGAGCAAGCGGUGUGUCGAUAAGAUGCACGGUUAUAAAUGUAUACCAAAAAAUGUGAGGAGAAAGGUGAAAACGGGCCAUUUGGGGACAGCAUAAAAAAAAAAAAAAAAAAAAAAAAAAAAAAAAAAA